CUCCAUUCGACGUCUUCCUUGUUCUCUCUUUUUCUCUUUUUAGCACCAAUCACUCUUGCCAACAUGAUGCUCGCUAACCAGAAUCAGCCAAAGGACAUUGAGGUGACAUCGCCACCAAAUGAUGGCAUCGCAGAGCUUGCAUUCUCUAAGACAAGUGAUUUCCUUGCAGCGGCAUCUUGGAAUAAUGAAGUCCGUAUCUGGGAGGUCAUGGGAGACGGAUCUACUGUUGCCAAAGCCAUGUAUUCGCACGAAGGACCUGCACUGGCGUGCCAAUGGAGUGGUGAUGGGUCAAAGCUUGCUUCAGGAGGCGCAGAUAAUGCGGGACGGAUUUUUGAUUUAGCUACUGGCCAACCUUCCCAGUUUGCAAAACACGAUGCACCCAUCAAAAGCCUGCGCUGGAUUGAUGGGCCCAACAUUGUUGCAACUGGAAGCUGGGACAAAUCCAUCAAGUACUGGGACCUUCGACAGCAGAAUCCUGUUUCGUCGGUGGCAUUGAGUGAUCGUCUUUACUCUAUGGAUACACAUGGAUCAUUAUUGGUCGCAGCAAUGGCAGACCGUCAAAUCACAAUGUUCGACAUGAGUAACCCUACUGUUCCAUUCAGAACCAUGGAGAGUCCUCUGAAGAUGCAAACUCGUGUUGUCUCAUGUUUCACAACAGGUGGUGGAUUUGCUGUCGGAAGUAUUGAAGGACGUGUUGCUAUUCAGUAUACGGAUGUCAAGGAUAGCCAAGGAAAUUUCUCUUUCAAAUGCCAUCGAGAUGGGGCGCCUGCAGCUAGGGACUCGUCUGUGUAUGCUGUCAAUGCAAUUUCAUUCCACCCUAUUUAUGGUACAUUCGCGACAGCCGGCUCGGAUGGUGGAUUCACGUUUUGGGAUAAGGAUUCAAAGCAGAAACUCAAAGUAUUUAAUAAGCAACCAGCGCCAAUCUCGACUGCUACAUUCAACAGGAAUGGAUCGAUUUAUGCGUACGCAGUCAGUUAUGAUUGGAGCAAGGGUUAUACUGGAAUGCCAGCAGAUCACAAGAAUGCCAUUAUGUUGUGUCCAGUACAGGAAUCGGACAUCAAGCCACGAAAGAAGUAAAAGUAAAAGCACAUGUAUACUAGAAACUAUGAGCAAUGCAAGCUUAAUAAAAAGAUAUGCCUGUAAAGUCGGGAAG